AAAAAAUGAAAGCAAAGAAACAAUAGGAUGAUGCAGUUCUUGAGGAGGAUCUUGUGAGAACGAAAUCUUAACUAGUAUAAUGGAAUGUAAUAAAUUAGGACUACUUUCCAAAAUGGCAGGAAUUGAAACCGCUUGGGAAGAACAUCCAUCGAAGAUCUUAUCACUCUUGUGUGACAUGGGAGAAUUAGUAAUCAUAGGAUAAUAUCACUAAGUAUCUAUGUAUAUGGUGGAUAUGAAACUAAUGAGGGAAUAUUGGAUGAUUUGAUGAGGAUUCCAAUGCCCAGUUCAGACAAACCCUUGGAGUGGUAACAAGUGUACAGGAACCCUUAAAAAGAAGUGAAAGGACCAGGACCUUUGAGGAAUCACACAGCAGUUGUAUAUGAAAAUAAGAUGUACAUUUUUGGAGGAAAAGAGAAUCUAAUCUAGCCUUGUUGCAAAUUGUGGAUAUUCGAUUUUUAAACAGAGAAGUGGGAUGAAGGGGAAGAUUGCAAAAUAAACAAUCAUGCAGUUUGUGUCGAAGGUCAUAAUAGUUGUGUAUUUGUGCAAGAGGAUGUAAAUGCCCUAUUAAAUGAUAUUAGACAGCAUCAAUGAUUGUAUUUGGUGGAUUUUACACCGACAAAGGCUAUGUUUCUUAGAUUCUCCAAUACUCAUUCAAGAAGGACAAGGAUAUGUGGUCACUUUAUUAAGAGUAGCAGAAAACGAGUCCGUAAGGCAGAGCAGGAGCAGGAGCUGCAAUAUUGGGGAAUGAUCUAUACGUUUUUGGAGGGUGCAAUUACGAAUAAAGGUUUUCAGACUUUUGGAAGUUCGAUCUAAUCAAUAAGAAAUGGGAACAAAUUAAAACGGAAAAGUCUCCAGGAGUAAGAUUAAUGUAUUACAAUAGUCUCGAUCCUCUUCAGUUAUUGUAACACACAACUAAGGAUUGUAUUUAUUUGGAGGAAUCCAUGAUAUUACUCAUGAGAAGAAUGACUUAUGGAUGUUUAAGAAUAAUGAUUGGGUGUUGUUGGAAGAGGAUAACAGUAGAAGAUAAGUGAAUGAUGAUUUGAAUGAUUCACUAGAUAAAGCAAGUCAGAGCAAACCAAACAAACAAAAGGAAAAAGCUAAAAUCUAAGAUAUUUAAAACAGGACUUUAUUUUUAUUGGGUGAGGACACUGAAUUAAGGAGUCCAUAGAGAAGAGGUUCAUUAAAGAAUAUCAGUUUGCCUGCUGGGACACAGAAAAUAAGUACAGAACAAAACAAUGUGUCUUAAGCUACAAAUAAUAUGGAGGAACUCAAGAAAAGAAGGUGGUAAUAAAAGAAGAUGUAGAUGCUGUAAAUAUUCUCAUAAUUCAUAGAGCUGAAUUUGAAUUGACAGAAGAAGAAAAGUAAAAAUUCAGAAGCUCUUCUCCAACUACUGAAUAGAUUAAAAAUUCCAUUAAUUUAAUAACAAAUCAAGAUAAAGGUGGAUAAAGAAAGAUUUCUUCUCCCAUGGGAAGGAAACAGUAAUAAGCAUAACUCAUUGGCAAAAAACCAUGUGCAAGAGAUGGUCAUUCGGUUGUUGUGGCUGGCGAAUUUAUGAUAGUAUUUGGAGGUGAUCGCAAUCUAAUGUCAUUUAACGACCUAUACAUGUAUUCCUUCACCAUGGCAACCAAACCAACAAAAUGA